AUGCCAGAUCUUGACCCCUCUGAUUUCACCGUGGCUUGGAUCGCUCCCCUCGCGAUCGAGGCCGAUGCGGCAACUCUCAUGCUCGACGGUCUGUAUCCCGAUCGAUUCGAGCACAAGCGGGGAGAUGACUAUGUCUUUCUACCAGGUCAUCUUCAGGGCCUCAAGAUCAUCAUCGCCACGCUGCCUGUCGGCGAAGAAUACGGCACAGGAUCCGCGGCCGCCAUUGCCAGCCAGGUCAAGUCGUUCUUCCCUAACAUCUGGUUUGGACUUCUCGUCGGGGUGGCGGCGGGCCUCCCGAAUCUCGCUCGAGCCCCGCCGCGAGACAUUCGUCUCGGCGAUGUGCUCGUUGCGGUUGCCGAUGGCGAACAGCCGGGGCUCGUCGCUUAUGACCUAGGCAAAGACACUGGUGGAGACCUGGAGCUGUUGCACUCCGGACGCGUGCUCGCUAAAACGGAGAGGAUCGUGCGGUCAGCAAUCACGAGCAUCCAACGUCGCAUGCCAUCCGAUAGCCAAAUCUUCCUGCGACAUUUUGAUUUCUUGCAGAAGAAGGUGGAAGCAAUGGGCAAAUUCGUCGACCCCGGCCAGGACAAAGACAAGCUCUACGACACUGACGAUAAAGGCGAGACGAUCGAACGCACCAGGGUCUGGUACGGGUCGAUCGGCUCGGGGGACAAGCUGAUGAAGAAUGCCCGCAACAGAGAUCGCCUCCGUGACAGGUUCGACCUCAUCGGGCUCGAGAUGGAGGCGGCCGGCACCAUGAACCAGAUCCCCGUCGGCGUGAUCCGCGGCGUGUGCGACUACGCCGACAAGCACAAGAACAAAGACUGGCAGCCGUACGCGGCGGCCAUGGCAGCGGCGUAUGCAAAGGCCGUCUUGCUGGAGAUCAUUCCCAAGCGGACGGCGUCUGAGCAGACCUCCGCCGAGGGUGGGUCGGGAUCGGCGACGGGCCGACCCGGCGGCCCCGUUUUUCACGGCCCAAUCUCUGGUCGCAAUGUCAUGGCUGGCUGGUCGACAAGGGGGAACACGAAUCAGACAUUCAACUAG